AUGGGUCUGCUGCUCCUGGGUGUCUGGGGGAUCAUGCUGUUCCUGGGGCUCUGGGGGCUACUCCGGGGCUGUGCCUGGGACCCCACCCUGGCCCCUCGGUGGCCCCCUGGGCCUCGCCCUCUGCCAUUCCUGGGGAACUUGCAUUUGCUGGGUGUGACCCAACAGGACCGGGCGCUGACGGAGCUCUCCGAAAGCUAUGGGCCAGUGUUCACAGUCCACCUGGGAGCUCAGAAGACCGUGGUGCUGUCGGGCUACGAGGUGGUGAGGGAGGCCCUGGUUGGGACUGGGCAUGAGCUGGCCGACCGGCCCCCAAUCCCCAUCUUCCAGCUCAUCCAGCAAGGAAGGGGCAUCUUCUUUUCUUCUGGAGCUCACUGGAGGGCAGCUCGCCAGGUCACGGUGCGCACGCUGCACAGCCUGGGUGCGGGACAGCCACCCAUGGCAGCCAAGGUGCUUCAGGAGCUGGCCUGUCUUGAAGCACAGCUGGACAGCUACGGAGGCCAGCCCUUCCCCCUGGCCCUGCUGGGCUGGGCGCCCUGCAAUGUCACCUUCACGCUCCUCUUCGGCCAGCGCUUUGACUACCAGGACCCCGUGUUCGUGUCCCUGCUGAGUCUCAUUGACCAGGUCAUGGUCCUGUUGGGGUCACCUGGCAUACAGCUAUUCAACACCUUUCCCCGGCUGGGCGCCCUGCUGCGGUUGCACAGGCCUGUCUUGAGCAAGAUCGAGGAGGUGCGGGCCAUCCUGAGAACCCUCCUGGAGGCUCACAGACCGCCCUUGCCAAGCGGCCGCCCCCGAAGUUAUGUGGAAGCUCUUCUUCAGCAGGGCCAGGAGGAUGACCCCGAGGACAUGUUUGGUGAGGCCAAUGUCCUGGCCUGCACACUGGACAUGGUCAUGGCUGGCACAGAGACCACGGCAGCCACGCUGCAGUGGGCAGUCUUCCUGAUGGUUAAGCAUCCUAGAGUGCAGGGUCGUGUGCAGGAGGAGCUAGACCGAGUGCUGGGCCCUGGGCGGCUACCCAAGCCGGAGGACCAGCGGGCCCUGCCCUACACUAGCGCCGUGCUGCACGAGACACAGCGGUACAUCACGCUCCUGCCCCACGUGCCCCGCUGCACGGCUGCUGACGUCCAGCUGGGUGGCUACCUGCUCCCCAAGGGCACUCCCGUGAUCCCUCUGCUGACCUCGGUGCUCCUGGACAAGACCCAGUGGGAGACCCCAAGCCAGUUCAACCCACACCACUUCCUGGAUGCCGAAGGCCGCUUCGUGAGGCGGGGGGCCUUCCUGCCUUUCUCCACUGGCCGCCGCGUCUGCGUUGGGGAGAGCCUGGCCAGGACAGAGCUCUUCCUGCUGUUCGCUGGCCUCCUCCAGCGGUACCAUCUGCUGCCCCCGCCCGGCCUCAGCCCGGAGGACCUGGCUCUGCGGCCCGCCCCAGCCUUCACUAUGCGGCCACCUGCCCAGACCUUGAGAGCUGUGCCUAGGUCCUAGGGUGCUCACACACUGGAAAACGACCACAGCCUAGCCUACCCAGGGUGCACUGCAGGCGAUGGGGCAGAUGUAGUGUUCCCAGCAAUGGAUGAUGGACAAACAGUGCCUGCACUGUCCCUCCGGACCACAGUGGGGCCAGAUUGCCUGCCGGCUGGAAGCUGGCCUUUCGUCUGGGCCUCAGGGCAGGCAGGCAUACCUGCCCAACCCAGCAGCCCUACUGGCUUGAUAUGGUGCUUGCAGAGUCCUAACCCACCUUCCGGCCUACAUCCCAAAUACCUCACACAGCUCCACACUCUGGUUCCCAAGGCAGCCAAAUCUCCAGAACACAGGGUCCACCCCAGUCCCUUCACUGUUCCCCCCGCCCCCAGGCCCUAUCGUUGGCUGCACCCAGGCUCCCACCAGGCCACGGUGGUCCCCAUACCCAGAUGUCUGGCCUGUAGCCCUUCCACAGCCCACAGUGUACCCUUGUACCCUCCCAUCUCCCUAGGGAGAGUCUGCCAGCCAGUUUGGGGUGCUCCACCUUUGGCUGGUGCCAAGGGGACCCCAGGGGCUGCCUGAACUUGACCACAGGUGGCAUUUCUGUUGUGACGACACUCUGUGGUCACCUGAGGCAGGAAUGCAUGAGGAAAAGAGCCUCUUCCCACUGACAUCCUAGGAACCUUUCCCAGCUUCCAGAUGCCAGCUCUCACUGACAGUGAGGAACCCACCACAUUUCGCUUUUUGACUUGGCUCCCAAGAAACUCAGAGCUACACUUCCUGAUCCUCCCACCCUGCUCCUUUGUGUUGUUUGUAUUCCUGGCUUCUCAGUGUGCUCACCUGAGGCUCUGAAACUCUCAGGCUGACAGCCCAGCUCCGGCAGAGCCCUCUUCAGCAGCAGCCCUGCAGCCCCUGGUACG